AUGUCGGCCCCUUUGGUCUGUCGCCCUAAUCCCUCCCAAGGCUUGGUCAAUACUCCGGCAGUUAAGACGUUCAGAAUCGGAGAACUCCUGCUACUGAUCGUCGAGGAGCUUGGAGAACGGACCGAGCAAAAGCCUGGGUACCAGAAUCUGGGGAGUCUUGGAAACUUAAUCCUUACGAACAAAUCCCUCUUCAUCUCACUUCAAGCUUACCUCUACACUCAAGACCUGGAGGAUGACUGCCACAAAGGCCUCCAACAUGCUGUUUUCAACUGCUCUGAUCAAGUGGGCUACCGCAUCAUCACCAAGUACCCAACCGAGCUUCUACGUUCCAAUAUCAACAAAAUAUACAAACACAAUACUGCGAAUACCAGAGCAACCUUUACUCUGCUUCAUAUCGCAGCAGCUCGGCAGCAGCACCGUGUGAUCCGAAAGCUGGGACGCUUGGGUGCCAAGUAUCUCGAUGUCAAGAAUCUGCAUAUUGUCCUGCCACAAGAAUUCAGAGACCGGCUAGAACAAGAGACCGCGCUUUUCAAUCACCUCCCCCGACUGCGGUGGAAACCUGCACUGGCACCUCUUGUACUGCAUCAGGUUGAAACCUUCGAUCUCCUGGACGAGUACUGGAGGGCAGCUUACGUCGGAACCUUCAACUUUCGCGCGAUUGCUGUUGCUUUUGCAGUUGAAGGCGUGGCAACUCCGGAGCCUCCCUUUUGGCCGAUGACCGUUCAUCACUUGGCGGCAACUUUGACAGAUCACAACUACUCUGUCCAGCUGCUGAGACACGCUGUGGAGUUGCACCCUUCACAUAAUGAAGCCCCCGGAGGACUGGAGAGGUACUCGGUUCUUCAUUUUGCCAUCCAGGCUUACAACUUCAGGGCCUUGAGAUACCUCCUGGAGUCUGGCGUCGGGCUUGGACGAUAUAUGGUCGAUGCCCUUGGUAACAACCCACUCCACUGUGUGUUUCGGCUUGCCUUGGAAUCGGCGAACAAAGCGUCAUCGAGAUUAGCCUGUAGAAAAAUGGUCGACGAUCUUAUGGACAACCACGGGUUUCACCACCGCAUGGUCCGAACUUGCUACCCAUACGAGUCACCAAUCCUGAUUGUUGCUCAAUCUGCUCGUAUAGAUUGGAGCGGUAGGCAUCACAUGAUCAAGUAUCUACUUGGAAAAUGCCUGAAAAGCGAAAUGGAUAUGAGGUUUCACCGGAACUAUAACCCUGCACUUCACCGAAACAUUCUCAACGUCCCUGACGCAUGUGGAAAUACUGCACUGGCAUUCAUUGCCCAAGCCAUCGUAGUACACAGAGGUAACGAGGGCCUCGAAGCCGUGUUCAGAAAUAUGAUCCGGCACGGAGCUCAAAUCAACCUGGACAUCAACCCCCGAUAUAGACCCCGCAGGUACGCCCACUCAAUCAAGUACAUUGUCCAAUUCGCCGAGGGAUGCACCAAGUUCAAGAAGCUGGUCGACAGACUCGGUGGCCGUCUUCACCAGGCUGAAGUUGAUGAUACUGCUAUUGGGUACGAUGGCGUCGAACAUCGAGAUCAUGAGCCACACGUACGCUCGCUUCCUCCACAGCAUCUCUUUGCCCAAGAGCACCCCUGAAAUCAGUAUCCGAUACUGAUCAAUUCGCGAAACCAGAGCGGGAGGCCGAAGCUUGGUAGAUUGCUUCCUGGUGGAGAAUUGGUGCUUAAGGCUGAUAACCUUCGGAAACCUCCCGCGAGACAUUUGAGAAACCAUACCUUGAUUUUUACCGAAGAGAAACUCUGUACACUGCAUUUAAUUUCAUCAUUUUUUGGGCGCAAGAUAUCAGCAUACAAAGCAUAUUAGAGAUACCUGAGACGGCUGUUAUCAGACAAAACGGGCAUGAGGCCGAGAAGGAGUUAGCAAGUCUGGUACAGCAUUCCCACACGAUAUCGCAAUGCAAAGAUUUGGUUGUAUGAGAAUUGUAAUCCGGGGACAUGUACAAUAAUUGCUCGCUAG